AGAUAUCAAAAUUAAAAAAAAAAACUAGAGUCCGAAAAAACGGUCAUUUCAUUUUGUUCGAGUGGUUUUAGAUACUUGGCGAACCAUUUGCGCGGACUGAGAACAAAACAGACAAUAACAACAACAACAACAAAGGAAAACAAAAGACCUCGGAAACAUCGAACUGUAUUCUUGUUGAACAAUCGUUGAUGACGCAGUUCCUUGUUCGCCUCAUUGAAUCUCUCGUCAUGAGAGAUCAAUCGAAAUUGACCACAUAACAUUGCAUAGGCCAUGGUAUUGAUUUGUCAGAUUGGUCAUGUUUUCUCAUAUGCCAUCUUUGCGUAAUAUCGGAAGAAAGCCGGUUUGCCCCAAGAUUCGUUGACUCGUUACUCUGGCAGCGAUGCUUUAACUGAAGGUUACAUUCGGUUUCGGUCAUUUAUCGCCCAUUCGAUCAUAUCGUCAUUUAACACCAACUACGCGCUGCAAACCAUACGACGAAAUAGUUCGAUCGUUGUGUGUAUUUCUCAAUCAAUUUUAGUCAUGAAAAAGUAGCGGAGUCGGAAUGAGAGGAGGAAAUUUUUUUUUCAUCGUUACUAUUACAUAUAUCUACAACACGUAAACGGAAAAAAAAGAGUAACAAAUCUCUCCGUUUGCAAAUUGUUCGGUUUGUGCCAGAGUCAACGGAUUUUUAGGCAACCGUAGAAGAAGUGAAUAAAAAGUCAUCAUGGCGGCUGUUGAAGUUAGGGGUGGCUAUAAGUAUUACGGAAGCCCAAAUGAUCCCAAUAAAAAGAUCGUUCUCAAUUAUCUUAAUAUGAACGUACCGAUUGGAUCGAUUUAUGGACUUCUCGGUGCAUCAGGAUGUGGAAAGACCACAUUGCUAUCGUGUAUUGUUGGACAGAAAAAAUUGCACGAAGGUCAAAUUUCGGUGUUGGGAACAUGUUUAAAUACACAUUCUGCAACCGCAUUGGGGCCACGAAUCGGAUACAUGCCACAAGAUAUCGCUUUGGUCAAUGAACUAUCGAUCAAAGAGACUAUUUACUAUUUUGGCCGAAUAUAUGGUAUGCACGACGAUCGCAUUCGAGAACGAUUUAAAAUUCUGAAGGACCUUCUUGAGCUGCCCGACGGCAAUCGUCUAGUUGAAAAUUUAAGCGGAGGUCAAAAGAGACGGGUUUCAUUUGCGUGUGCAUUAGUUCACGAACCGGAAUUGGUCAUAUUGGAUGAACCCACAGUUGGUUUGGAUCCAUUACUCAGGGAAAAAAUUUGGAAUUUUUUGGUCGAAACAACUCGAACGAGUAAAUUAGCCGUAAUCAUAACCACACAUUACAUAGAUGAAGCGCGUCAAGCAAAUACAAUUGGAAUGAUGCGAAAUGGCAUUUUGUUAGCCGAAGAUACACCGACAAAUAUCAUGCAACGAUUUAAUUGUGAAAAUUUGGAGGAUGCAUUUUUAAUACUUUGCCAAAAACAUGGAGCCUCUGAAGAGGCUGACACAACCGUGGGUCGAGCUUCUGGCCAAAAAAUGUUGCAAAAUAUAUCACAUCAACAAGGAAGUCAUCAACAGCACGAUUCAAAAUCGGAUGCAAAAAACAAAGAAGCAAAAGCUAAUUCAGUGACGAAACAUGAUAAUGAAACACAAACAGAACUUCCCACAAAGGGAAAAUUAAAACGAAAUUUAUCAUUUCACGAACAAAAGCCAGACACUUUGAUCGGGAAAUUGACAUUUACAUCACAGAUUCGAAUGAAAGCGUUGCUCACCAAAAAUCUGCUUCAAUUAAUUCGUCAACCAUCCGGUGUAUUGUUUAUAUUUUUGUUCCCGAUUUUGCAAUGUACUUGCUUUUAUUUAGCCAUAGGUGAUAAUCCAAAGAGUUUAAAAUUAGGAGUAGUCAAUGAAGAAGUGUCCAAUUUCCAAGAGUGUUAUAAUAGUUCACUUGUUACGACCCAUCUAUACGAAUCGGAAUGCAAUUUAACAAAGGUCUCUUGUCGAUAUCUCAAAGAUAUACCGCCCGAAUAUGCCAUACAGAUACCCUUCGGUUCCAAAGAGGACGCAUACGCAGAGGCAAAAAAAGCGAAUAUCAUUGGAUUUGUACAUUUUUCGGCAAAUUUUACGGAAUCAAUUCAGGAUAUUUUGGACAACAAUCGCGAAGCAUCGAGCGGUUCGUUUGAUAAUCGCGAGAUUCAAGUUCGACUUGAUAUGUCAAAUCAACAAGUGGCAUAUUUUUUGGAACGUAUACUGCGUGAAACAUACGGUCAAUUUGCUCAAAAGUUAAUGGCCGAUUGUGGAUUGCCCAGAGCGCUCGCAACAAUUCCAAUCGAUUUCAAAAAACCCAUUUAUUCAUCAUUCGAAGCUGAUUUUCAAGAAUAUGCUGCACCCGGCGUCAUCAUGACAAUGGUAUUCUUUUUGGCAACUCUUGUUACGGCCGCCGUAUUCAUCACAGACCGCAUGGAGGGUGUUUGGGAAAGAACUCUCGUCGCCGGUAUUACAACACCUGAACUGUUACUAGCUCACAUUGUUACCCAGUCAGUUAUCGUCUUUUUACAAUGUACAGAAGUUAUUUUCUUUAUUGGCGUUGUCUUUGGCACUGAAAACCAUGGCGACAAUUUGACCGUAAUUCUUCUACUAUCGUUGACUGGAUUUGCUGGCAUGUUGUUUGGAAUGUUGAUUUCAAUUUUCUGUGAAUCACACACAAUGGCCAACUUUGUAUCGACUGGUGCCUUCUAUCCAAUGAUUGUGCUGUGCGGUUUACUUUGGCCACUCGAGGGAAUGCCACAACUUUUGCGAGAUUUUGCUUUACUGUUACCGUUUACCAUUCCAACCAUUUCGGUGCGAAAUAUUUUGACCAAAGGGAUGUCUAUCACAAAUCCAAAUGUUUACAGUGGUUUUAUAGUUAUAUUUUUAUGGAUUGCGGGAUUCUUCUUCUUGUGUUUGGCCGGACUUCGGCGAAAGAAAUAGACGUACAACGUACUUAUAGUAUAUAGAUAGAUCUUAUAAGGAAGAAGAGAAAACAUCCGGUUCUACCAAAUGCAUUUAGUUGUAAAUUGAUUUUAACUUUAGAGUUUUGAUACUUACAGUGGUGAGCCUACCUUAAUCAUACUUAUAUAUAUAUGUUAGAUAUGCGAUAAAUCGCUUGAAUAAACAUUGAAAUUGAAUUUAUUUACCAUCACACAUUACAACAUUUUAUCAAUAGGAAUUUUUCUCUUUCACACUCAUUCACUUUCAUGGCAUUUGUUUACACUCUUCCGUGAAUAAUUGAAUCAAAAGAGAUCGAUGGAAAGAAAUGAGGUCUCCUAUACAUUUUAUUUUCAAUGAUGUCACAGAACGAAUGUUGAAAUUAGACGCGUAAAUAUUUGAUAAUUUUGUUGUAAAUUAUUUUGUUCUUUAUAAAUUUCCACAUGAAGCACAUCGAAAUAAAAUGUCGAAAAUACUCUUUUGAAUUUGGGUCAAUAUUUUGAUGAGAUAAAAGCGAGUUAGUGGGUCACAAAUAGAGAGAAUCAAACAUUGAAAUAAUGAGCAAAUAAGAGAAAAUCCAUUCCAGUACAAGAUGCAUCAUCUGAACAAAAAAAAAAAACAAAAAAAAAACAAAAAAAAAUUAU